AUGAGAGCCCGUGCCCCUGUUAUGGCUUGCUGCAUUUGCUUGAGGCGCAGGUAUACGUGCCCAGUGGAUGUAUGUCCGAUGCUGGCGCCAGCACACACGGCACCUAGCGAAACGGCUUCGGGAGACUGCAUCGGAGGCACGUCCGCAACAAGCAGCACGCAGAACCCAGGCAUCCCGCCAUCCGCGCCGCGGGCAUUGGGUCAGGCGUCGGACACAGACUCAACAGUUGGAGAGCUAAAGGCUGAUCUUGCCUCUGGCGGCUCUGCACCUGCGUACUCAGCGCUCGCAAAAUUUGUUGAUGUUCGGGGCUUUGGGACAAUGCCGCUUGAUAUGCUCGCGUACCACCUCUCGAAGCGCCAGGCUGUGGAGAUUCGUAGAGAGUGGGAGAGCGAGUAUCGCUACGUCGUGCUCUACGUUGGCCGCGCGAUGGUGAACAGACGCCAACUGCUCAGCCAGUCGCACCUCGAGGAAGCGGCAACCAAUGCACGAAAAGGUUUCGACAUCAAGCAGGCGCAAGGCUGCAACGUGCCAUGA